GUCCUGCCACUCGAGCCGAGCCCUGGGCAGCGGGGCCACAAGGGAAGAGUCUCUUGGAGACAGUAUGACUUUGGCCACCUCUGACUCUCCUGCUAUCCUCUAUCAUCCCAAGUUCGGUUCGGAUUUAGAAAUCUGAGAAGAGGAAGAAACGUAGGCCCGAGAGUUUUGGGAAGCAGAGGGCAUGCAAGUUCGUAGUUCCUCCGAGGGCAAUGAUCGCUUAUCCCAAAAUAGCGUAGCCAGAGCAUUUGUUGUGAGCUGCCAGAUAGUUGGCACCUGCGCUUAAUCGUUUUCACACGCCUAUAGGUCGACUGCGUGACUUAUGAAAGCAAACAAGUGUUGAGCAAGGGGAGGAACCCACCUUGAACGAUUCCAGCCUCAGCCUCAGAUACCACCUUAGGGGAUAAGAAUUCUGCUUAAUGCAUCAUGCUUUCCCUUCUAGAGAUUGCCAUGAUUUUGCUUUCAGUUGUUAAGAACUUUAAAGAGAGGCCAUUGUCAUGGACAUGGAACCCUUUCUUCACUGCGUGAUCCCAGACUUCAUCCAAAGCCAAAACUUUUUGGAAGGGCUUCAGAAGGAACUUUUGAACUUGGACUUCCAUGAAAAGUAUAACGAUUUAUAUAAGUUCCAGCAGUCUGAUGAUUUGAAGAAGAGAAGAGAGCCUCACAUCUGUGCUUUAAGGAAAGUUCUGUUUGAAGAUUUCCGGACUUGGCUUGCUGACAUUUCCAAGAUUGACCUGGAAUCAACUAUUGACAUGUCCUGUGCUAAAUAUGAAUUCUCUGAUGCCCUCCUCUGCCACGACGACGAGCUGGAAGGGCGCCGGAUCGCCUUCAUUCUUUACCUGGUUCCUCCCUGGGACAGGAGUUUGGGGGGCACCCUGGACCUGUACAACGUUGAUGAACACUUUCAGCCGAAGCAGAUUGUCAAGUCUCUUAUCCCUUCAUGGAACACACUGGUUUUCUUUGAAGUGUCUCCAGUAUCCUUUCACCAGGUGUCUGAAGUCCUGUCUGAAGAAAAGUCACGUUUGUCUAUAAGCGGCUGGUUUCAUGGUCCUUCACUGACCAGACCCCCCAACUACUUUGAACCACUUGUACCUCGGAGCCCGCACAUCCCACAAGAUCAUGAAAUUUUAUAUGAUUGGAUCAACCCUACUUAUCUGGACAUGGAUUACCAAGUUCAAAUUCAAGAAGAGUUUGAAGAAAGGUCCGAAAUCCUCCUAAAGGAGUUCCUUAAGCCUGAGAAAUUUGCAGAGGUCUGUGAUGCUUUGGAGAAAGGAGAUGUGAAAUGGAGCAGCCGAGGUCCCCCUAACAAAAGGUUUUAUGAGAAAGCGGAGGAGAGCAAGCUUCCCAACAUCCUGAAGGACUGCAUGGAAUUAUUUCGCUCCGAGGCUCUGUUCUUGCUGCUCUCCAACUUCACAGGCCUGAAACUCCACUUCUUGGCCCCUUCAGAGGAAGAUGAGGUGGAGGACAAAAAGGAGGGCGAAGGCACCUCUGCAGCUGAUCACACUGAAGAAGGGACUAGCCAUAGCUCCCCUGGGCCCCAGAGUCCUCAGACAGCCGUCAGCCACAGCAGCCAACAGAGCAGUGAACAGACAGACCCAGAGUCAGAGGAAAACGAAGCCAAGAGAGACUCAAGUGUUCCCACAUGCCAGGGGGAGUUGAGGCGUUGGAAGACUGGUCACUACACUUUGAUCCAUGACAACAGCAAGACUGAAUUUGCCCUGGAUUUACUUCUCUACUGUGGCUGUGAAGGCUGGGAGCCAGAAUAUGGCGGCUUUACUUCCUACAUUGCCAAAGGUGAAGAUGAAGAGCUUCUAACAGUGAAUCCGGAAAACAACUCUUUGGCACUGGUCUACAGAGAUAGAGAGACUCUGAAAUUUGUCAAGCAUAUUAACCACCGAAGCCUAGAACAAAAGAAAGCCUUCCCAAAUAGAACAGGUUUCUGGGACUUCUCGUUUGUCUAUUACGAAUGACAGGGCUGAGCCAAGCUGAAGAAAAGAGACCCUUCCUCAGUACUGGAGAGUGCGGAAGAGCUAGGCAUCACGCGGAGAGCUACAAGGUGGCCUGUGUGACCGUGUCUUCAAAACUGCGUGGUAGGACUCAUCGUUAUUGUCUGCAAUCUAGGCCUUGAGCUUGGAGCCAGGUAUUUCUCUCUUGAUAAAAAAAAAAAAAAAAAAAAAAAAAGCUUUUUUGUCUUUUUUUUUUUUCACAUUCAGUUUUUCAUUUUCCAUAUGGACUUCCUUAGUGAUUUUUUAAAAGCUUUUGUGUGUAGUAAAAUACACACAACAUAAAGUAUACCAUUCUAACCAUUUUUAAGUGUAUACUUGAGUGACAUUAAGGAUAUUCACAUGGUUGUGCAAUUGUCACCACCACCCAUCUCCAGAACUUUGCCAUCUUCCCAGACUGAAACUGUCCCCACUAAAGAGUAACUCCCCGUCCCCCUUCCUAGCCCCUGACAGCCACCAUGCCACUUUCAGUCUCUGUCUCCGUUCAUACAAGUGGAACAAUACAAUAUUUGUCCUUCUGCAACUGGCUCAUUUCACCUAGCAUAAAGUCUUCGAGGUUCA